UGCCACAACUUACGUCGCGGCUUCGCUCAACGCCGUUGCGGUUUGCGUGGAGAUGGAGAUGGCAGUUACGACAUGGACACCUCCUCGCGAAUGGCUCCCUUGAACCUCGUCUCUCCCGGCUCUUUCUCCGGCACACCUAGUUUUCCACUUUUCCGGGGUCUUUAUAUGAGGGCGGACCUCCAUCUUCGAUCCCACGUCGCUUGCCCUUGAGAUCUCUCCUUCUAUAGAUCGGAAAUUGGAGAGAGGAGGGAACAUUCUUGGGUUUCUCGAGUGUCUCGGGAUCGAGAGGGAGGAAAGGUGCAAGCUUUAUUAGAUUGAUUGAAUCGCUACCCCGGCCUCUCUAAGCCCUAGAAAUCGGCUUUUUUCGAUACUUCAAUAUGAUCUACGCUGUGAAGCAAUCCGCUUUAGCGUUGGGCGCCGCGGAUCUUGUCCGGCCCAAAUCUCUGCUCGCUGCACCUCGAAUCAGCAUCCUUCCGUCCAUAUGUGCUGCCAAAAACUCUAAUUUCCAGCUUUCUACUCGGAAGCCCCUGUCUCUCCCCUCCCUGGAGGGACUUGGUUUCCCGUCGGUCGUGAAGCCUCGGGGUCUCGGGUUCAAGCGCGAGGCCUUCGAAGCCGAUAGGUCGGAGAACAUCGAGAUCUCGCACCAGGAAGCUCGGUCGGCCGCGGGUCAGAAGCUAAGGAUCGGGAUCUACUUCGCCACCUGGUGGGCUCUCAACGUGGUGUUCAACAUCUACAACAAGAAGGUCCUCAACGCAUUUCCGUAUCCCUGGCUCACCUCCACUCUCUCCCUCGCCACGGGUUCGCUGAUGAUGCUCGUCUCCUGGGCCACCGGGAUAGCCGAGGCCCCCGAGACCGACUUUGAGUUCUGGAAGGCGCUUGCACCGGUUGCGGUCGCUCAUACCAUCGGCCAUGUGGCGGCGACGGUGAGCAUGUCGAAGGUGGCGGUGUCAUUUACCCACAUAAUAAAGAGUGGAGAGCCUGCAUUCAGUGUAUUGGUGUCGAGGUUGCUGUUGGGUGAAACUUUCCCUCUGCCGGUGUAUUUGUCACUGGUCCCCAUCAUCGGCGGUUGUGCCCUGGCGGCGGUGACCGAGCUCAACUUCAACAUGACCGCAAAUUACUGCAGUAUGAAGUUAUUGCUCGCAAGCAUUCCAGUAUUUUAUUCAGGUUUUGUGGGCGCAAUGAUAUCGAAUCUUGCAUUUGUGUUUCGGAACAUAUUUUCUAAGAAGGGGAUGAAAGGGAAGUCAGUUGGUGGGAUGAACUAUUAUGCUUGCCUGUCGAUUCUAUCCCUGUUGAUACUCACACCUUUUGCUAUUGCAAUUGAGGGCCCGCAGAUGUGGACUGCUGGCUGGCAGAAGGCACUUUCACAGAUUGGUCCACAUUUCGUCUGGUGGGUGGCUGCCCAGAGUGUCUUCUACCAUUUGUACAACCAGGUUUCAUACAUGUCCUUGGAUGAAAUCUCUCCUUUGACGUUUAGUAUUGGGAACACCAUGAAGCGUAUUUCUGUCAUUGUCUCAUCCAUCAUAAUCUUCCACACGCCUGUUCAACCUGUCAAUGCGCUUGGAGCUGCCAUUGCUAUCCUUGGAACUUUCCUCUAUUCCCAGGCAAAACAGUGAACCUAAACAAGAUUCGGAAGGUCCUGUAACGAGAGCAGAGCAGGUUUACGCACUCGCACGAGGCGCUUGAAGCAACAGUGUAAUCAGGCUGAUAUUUACAGGGUCGAGAGCCAAUUUUUUUUGCGUAGAUAGAGAUGCAUCUAAAUAUGUAGAUCACUAAAAUAAAAGAGAGAGAGAGAGAGAGAGAGAGAGAGAGAACUUUUGUUUACUUUUUUGAGUGGGCUCACAAACCUCCUCCUCCUGUGCUUGUGAGCUGCAGUAGAUAUAGUCUGAAAUAAAGGUCUUAAGGUCAUUCUUCUUCCUUGUCGA